GGAAAGAAAUGCUAUACCGCCGCAUUAUUAUUCGGCGUUGGUUGCGUCUUGGUUGCGCGGAGAGGCAGCAAGGUAGCAGCAACUAGCAAGGGAUCUCCAUCCCUCCCUCUCGCUCGGUCUGCCAGAUGAGAUGAGAUUGGCUGGAGAGGGACUGGUGCGGAGGAGCGAGCGACCGAGGGUUCCAUUUCGUCUCCGGAGGGCUGCUGUGCUGAGUGGGUGCCCCGUCGCCGUCGGCUCACGCUACGCGCUCUCUUUUUAAUGCCCCGCCGCCGCACUCGCCUGCACACACCCUCCCCUUCUUCUCCAGCCUGCUAGCUGCUGCAGCACUGAGUCUUACUGGCCUCUCUUCCGUGGACCUGGAGUGAUCACCAGGUUAUUGUCUGCCUAUCCACUACACCGCAAGAUGUCGGUAGCCAAGAAGGAUGAGGUUUGCGGGCAUCCGCUUGGACUGCGAUUGGGUGAGCCGGCUGCUGGUGUUCCCAUUAAGAAAAGGCCGGUUUUCUUAUCCGACAAAUCAGUUCCAUCUGGAAUGACACUCUCCAUGAAGCCCCCAUCUACUCCGACGGGGAUGUCCGUGUCGGCUCUGGGGACGGGCUUUAGCAAUGAGCCUGUCUUGAAUAGAUCUAAAUCAGAUAUUCCCAGUAGAUGUUUUACUCCAGCAACGAACGAGAAGAAAGGCGUGCUACUUAAUGGCUCAAACGAGACCCCCUCUCGUGGAGAGAGUGGUAGACUAGGGAGUGUUGCUCCCGUUGCCAGAUCACAGGGUCACAAGUUUCUAACUCUAGAUUUACAGUUAGCGUCUCGUCAGAAUGCCAAAAUCAACUCAAAUUCCCCUGUCAAGAGAGAGAAACUAGAUCAGGGGUUUUCUAUUUUUCCUUCAGCAAGACCUCCCAAGGAUGUGCAAACAACAAGUGGCACAGAAUCUUCUUCUAACGCUAGCUUGGGAAAACUAUCUAAUUUAGAUCUUAAUGUAUCACCGGACCCGGUUGAUCAACUUGAAGGUUUGCCUACAAUGCAGGCUGGCUUGAACAUACCCCAUCAUAGAAUCUUUCAGCAUCAGAAAGCACAUGUUCCCUCAGUGGCACCCUUUUCUUCAGUCAGCAGUCAGCUGAGUCUAAAUAUUGACAAUACUCUGAAACCGUCGAAUGCAUAUCAACUUUCUAAUAAGAGUGGAGCAGCUGAUGUUACCUUAGAUUUGCAACUUAAACCACCAACCAGACCUGAGCUUGGUAUAAGCUGGAAAGGUCUUGCUCCUGAUCCAGAGCUAAGCCUCUCUCUAUCUGGUAAUCACACAGAUGAGCCUAAGGGUCUGAAUGUUCCUGAUGCUAUAUUUACACCUGAACCUGUUGAAAGAGCCAAUAAGAUCAGCAAGGAGGUUGCUACACCAGUCUCUGAUAUAUCACCAGCUGAGAAGAUUUCGAAACCUGUGGCGUGUAAUGUAAAUCCUCACACCACUAUGCCACAAACAGUUUCUGGAAAUCUGGAGAUAAUGCCCAGUAAUUUGGUGAAGAAAGAGCCUGGAGAACCUACAGGGCGACACAUCCAGAACAAUGUAGAAAAGGCACCUCUGUUCGUCCAACAAAAUGUUGGACAGGCUAGCAGUAGUGCUGAAUUUGAAAAGACUGGCAACCUAAACCAAGUGUGUGGUAAAGCUGGCUUUGACUUAUACUCUGGAAAUUUUCCAAAUGAUAGUGGUGUCCGCAAUGGAUUGAAGGUGGUGACUGAUAGUAUUCCUGUACAAGCUGACAUUGCUUGCACUGCGAAAUUUAUCAAGCGUGAAGAAGUGACAACCGCCAUCCCAAGUCCUGUGAUUGCAACAGUAAGUGGUCAGUCUGAGUCAUCAAUUGCUAAAUCACCGCAGUUGGAAGGUAAUGUUGCCAGCCCUGUUGUUGGAUUAUUUGAACCAGCUAGUCAACCCAUCAUUUCUGCUUUGGGGCCUGCAAGCUGUAAUCCUGUUAAAGCUACUGCUAAUUGUAAACCAGCAGUUAAUCAGGUUCAUGCUCGCAAAAAUGUGGCCCGCAAGCCUUGUGAUGUAUCCCGAAGUUCUUCCAACCCUACAGCUGAAUCUUUGGUUUUCAAUUCUCUGCACCGUGCUGUAUUUGAUGGUAUGUCCCAAGGAAGUGCUUCAAUGGACUUUUCAGAGGAUGGUGAUAAUGCUGUUUCACAGUUGCCUACUACCAAUAAGCCUCAUGUUGAGUCAUUGGGUAGUAGUCAAAUUACUGAGGUUAAUGACCUGAUCACAGAGCCGCAGAAAGAAGAUGAUAGUAAUAUGCAUCACGACUGUUUGUCUGUAACAAAUAAGGUUCACAUUCAGGGCACUGAUGAUGCGAAGCGUGUUAAUAUGCCAGAUGUUAUCGCCACUCGUUCAGGUGAGGAGGAGCAUGAAAGUGGGGUUUCUGUUAAUGGGAAAGCCAAAGGCAAACAAUUGUUGACAUCUGAUAAGAAUUCCCCGCCGAGUAAUACUGACGUUACCAUGGAAGAUGUUAAGAUCUCCGCAGGUGCCAGUUCAGCAGAUCUUACAAGAUCACCUAUUUUGGGAACUUCAGGUUCCUAUAAAAUAUAUUCUACCGGACAAUCUCCCAAGACAUCUGAUAACCCUGUCGUGAAGAGUAGAAUCCCAGUGAUAAAAUCUGAAAGGAGUCAGUCUCCUGAUGGUAAGGAAGCUGCUAAUUGUAGUGAGGGCAAUGCAAAAAUUGCUGCUGUAAAGAGCGAGCAUGGGACAGAAAAGGAAGAUAUUGCUAGAGGCUCCAAUUUACAGCCAAACGAUCCGGUUUUGGGUGAAGAUUCACUUCUUGAUGGAGCUUCGACCAGUCAACCAAAUAAUGAAUCUACAGAGGUGAAAUCGACAGGUGAAAGGUCAGAACACGAAAAAUCCAAACCUGACUCUUGCAUGACAUCUUCUGUACAGAAUGAAAAAGACGGACAGGUUAAUGGGUCGCAUUGGCGAGAUGUGGCAAGUGCUUAUGUUAAUAGGAAUGAAAGAUGGGAGAGGUUCAUGCAGUCUGAACGAGAGAACAAUAGAGAGUUCCAUGGUGGCAGAGACAUGAACAAUCAACGGAGGAUAGACCCGCGUUAUCGUGGUCGUGGUGGUGGAUAUCAUGGCCAUCCAAGGAACUUCCGGGGUCCAAGAAUGAGCGAUGAGUCUGAAAUUGACUUCGAAGAUGAACCUAUUGUUGGCAGAAGGAGGCCACAUGAAAAUGACUACGGGCACUUGCACCGAACUCAGCAUAGGCGGCUGCGUUCACCACCGAAUCAGAUGCCUGGCUGCCUCAUGAGAGAAAUGGCGCAUGACAGAUUUUCUGGGAGAGAGAUUAUGGACCCUAGGCUGUUGGAUCAUGGGGAGAUGGAUGAUGUCCCAGAUGACAUGAUGGAACAGAGGUUUUUCAUGCCCCAUCCUCGUUCACAGCACACUCUAGGUGAUCAUGCAUUUAUCCACAGGGAUAGGAGCCAUUCACCUGGGCAAAGAAGGGGCGCUCCGGUUCAUUUCCACCGGGGACGGUCCCCUGAAACCAUGCACAGAUCACCACCACUGAACAGAGGUGACAGACCAUACUUACCUCAUCAACGCCACAUACGACGCCGCGACCCUCCAUUCGACCGAGUAGGACAUGACGAGAGGGGUAUGCAAAGGAACAUGAAGAGGUGUGGCAUGCAUCAAGGUGUUGAAGGUGAGACCUUUGAGCCGCCUUUACAUCCCGCUCAACUAGCCGAGCUACAUGCAGAGGCUGAACUUACAGAGAGAAGGAGGUUUGGGGAGAGGAGAGCGUAUCGUCGAUCCUUGGAACGGAGCCCCAUGGGUGGCGACGAGGAGAUGCUCUCGUACCACGGCGAUGGCGACAUCGACUUUGCCGAUGGUGAUGGCGGUCCACGGGAGCCUGAGGGCCGCUUCAGGAACAGAAUGGAGCACAGAGGAAGGGGCGAGGAGGAAGAUGGCUACAGGUACCGUGGCCCUCAGGGGUGCCGUGACGGCAACCCAAAUGACAGUAGAUCGAAGAAGAGGAGGUACUGACCUAGCAACGAAUGAAUCUGAAUCUUCUACCGACUAAUACAUAGUGGCAUUUUGAUUCAGCCGCCGUCGCUUCUGUUAGCCCAAUCAAGAAGUGUUUGCUGACCAUACCCUCUUCCUACACUGGUUUGUUUGUUGCGUUCUUCCUCAGGAGAUAUGCUGCAGCGUAGUAUCUACAGGCUGAUAUAAAUGAUACACAUGUUACACUGAUGAGACGAGCGUCAUCGGUGGGCUGCAUCUUUGGAUCCUGGUUGGCAUAAUUAGCUGAAGCUGGCAUGUCAACAUGGUGGCGAAAUUCCAUUUCUCGCCAAAUCGAAGCUAAACGAGAGAUGGCUUGAAGCUACUUGCAGAAGCGUCCCCCUCUCUCUCUCUCUACACCUGGGCUUCACCUAUUUGCGGUUGCAUGGUAGGGCGCCCUGUAUUAAAGUGACUUGUCUUCACUAUAAUUUGCCUAGUCGUUGGAUCUGGAAAAGCAAGCAGAUGGGAUACGUAGUGCUGCUGCAUAGUGGGAUACGGUACGGAUACCCACCCGGUUUGGAUGUGGUUUAAUUAGGACUUGUUGCUGUCUUCAAACCUGACUUUUUUAUCUACUGUUUAUUAAUGGGUGUCACCACCGCCGGGCAAUUUGCAUCCCAAUAAAAGUCCGCAGUGUGUUUGGCAUUGCCCUUUUUUCUAAA